GUUUUAUUUUCACACAGCGAAAUAUUGUACAGUAAUAAGCAAGUUGACCAUAUUCACUUUGCAUAAUGUACGGAAAAUCGAAGCAGUGCUUUUAUUACGCAUCCAUUUUGGUUGCCUACUUGAGUUUAUCCGCAGCCGCAGAGGGAAGAGGAAUUGAGCUGGUGAAUCGCUGCCGAGAAACCAUUUGGAUCGGAUCCCAAGGCAAACCCGUUCCCUUUGGAGGCGGCUUCGAACUAGGUGCCGGCCAAACCAGCGUCCAAAAUAUUGCCGGAAACACAGUUGCAGGUCGCAUUUGGGCGCGCACCGGCUGUCGCUGGACCGGCGGACGCUUCGUAUGUGAAACCGGAGACUGUGGCGGUUUUAAUUGUGGAGAAAGAGGCGGCCUUCCACCUGCUACGCUAGCUGAAUUCACCUUUCAAGAGGGCGGAAAUAAGAACGAUUUCUACGAUCUCAGCAACGUCGACGGCUACAACAUUGGUUUGAAAAUGGAGCCGAUUGGCCGCAGUGUUGAUGCUCAAGACCCAUUCAAAUGCGGCGCUCCAUCCUGCACAAUGGACAUGUCGGCCUGCCCGGAAGAGCUGAAGAUGACCAAAGGUGGAUUCACCGUAUGCGCGUCCAUCUGUGCGGCUAUCAAUAACGGUGAGCAGCGCGCAAAGUUCCGCGUAUUGAGCGAUAUUUACGCAAAUCCGGAAACGCGCGCACUGGUAUGCUGCGCUUGCUGGUGUCCUCAAAGCGUGAUCGGAGCGUGCAACUGUGCCAAUCCCAGUAGCAAGUACUGCUGCUCGCCCUAUAACAAGCCGUCACCUUUGGAAAAUGGAGGAAAAUGCCGAGUGGAAGAGUGGCCGCGGGCGAGCAAUGGCAAGGAAUACCACCGCGUCUUCAAGGAUGUGUGUCCGCAAGCGUACAGCUGGCAGUUCGAUGACCACAAGAGCACAUAUCAGUGCGCCCAACCGGAUUACCGCAUUAUCUUUUGUCCGUAA